AACUACACUACGCGCGUUUCAAAUUUAGUGUUGUACGUUACCUUGUGGUUAGGAUGUCGCAAAUGCACGCAGUGGCUGAUGAUUUUGAUUCAUCUGAAUUGAAAUUCUCUAAAGAUUUUGAGAAUGCCGAUACACUUAUGCUUGCUGAAGUUAAAAUAUUGUUGGAACAUAGAAAAGAACAAAAUGAAAAUGCAACAAUCCAUGAACUUGAAUUAUCACCAGUAUUUACAAAAACAUUAAAUUAUGUAACACAAUUUUCUAAAUUUAAUAAUCGUGAAACCAUUGAAAGUAUACGAAACCUUUUAACACAAAAACGAUUUCAUAAUUUUGAAUUAGCUUCAUUAGCUAAUUUAUUACCGGAUACAGCAGAAGAAAAAGAAGAAUUACAACAAUUAUUGGAUGAAAUACAAUCUAAACGAAGUUUUCAAUCAUAAACUAAUGAGUAUAUGAAUGUUUGUUUAUUUUUUCUUAUUUUAUUUAUGUUCCUCCUAAUUUGUACAAAAAAUAUUCCAAAUA